UCGCUCGCUUGGAUUGUGAUUGCGUUUCUCCGCGAGGAGCUGAAGGCAGUGAGGUCACAUCCUCGCGAUGCAUCUGCCAGAGAGUCAGAGAGCGAUUACUAGUCCAUAACUCCGGCUCAAAUCUGCGACAUACGCGCCAGCCUUUCAGGACUACGGCGUAGCGGCAUAUAAACGCGUUGAUUUCAGAUUCUGUGCGCAGUUUCUUCCAGUCUUUGGUGGCUAUGGAAUGCGGUUUCACUUAAAUAGCUCCCCCUCUUCUUGUGGGCUCGUGCAUUGUAUCUCGGCUCGUUGUGUUGGAUCUAUCGGUUUAGUGUGUGAAACCGAGCGCGAUGUGGACCAGGAACGAUUUUGAGGACGGAUUCGACGCUUAUAAAUUAGGUUCGAGCACGCCCUCUCCUGGAUGGGUCCCAGGCUGCGACUCAGCAUGGCAAGCUUCCUCUUCUGCCACUGGAAUUAGCAGCCGCGGGCGACGUCACAGCGCUGCCUCAGACAGUGGUGAUACCGGCAUCGGAACCUCGUGUUCGGACAGCGUAGAAGACCACUCCAGCUCCAGCGGCACAUUGUCCUUCCAGCCUCUGUGCUCACAAGGUCCCAUCCCCAUGGCCCACGUCAUGCCAUCUCCAUCCAGCUCCAAACUCAGUGUGCCCUCUGCCCCCACCAGCCCCUGGAGCAGCUGCCAGCUCCCUUCUCCCCUCGACAGCCCCCUGGACAUGAAAGACCCUCGGCCGGUGCGCCGCUGGUCCUCCCUCACCCGUCUUACCGGCCAGGAAAAGUCCACCCCUCCCGCGAGACCCUCGUACCGCAUGGAUCCGCAUGGAUCCCUGGAUCGAGGUGUGCUCUACGGCUACAGACAGGACCCUGUUUAUUCAGACGGCUUUCUCUCUGAGAGCCUGCACAAACUUUCCAUCAGCUCUGACUUUACUAAGUACGACCUGGGCAGCAGUAACACCCUGGGUAAAACGAACUCGUCUUGCUCCUCUCCGCUCAAGCCCAGCACAUUAGACCUCUCCUAUAGUGCUUUACCAGAGAGCAAGACCCCCACGAUGGGCCAGGCGGGGCCCGGGCAGAGAGGUCCCACACUCAGGCACCAGGCCGUGGGAGGGUCGCCCAUCCAGCCGGCCGUAAGGACUCAGAUGUGGCUGAGCGAGCAGAUGGAGUACCGGCCGGGGCCAGAGGGAUGUGGCUCGUGGCAGCAGGAACAGCAGCAGCGAGAGCAAAUACGACAGGAAGGAGAACUACCCCAGAUGCUGGGUGGAACGUCUCUCCCUGUCAAUACCUUGGUAAAGAUUAAGGAGGGACUCCUGAGGCAGAGAGAACUGGAGAUUGACCGGCAAAAGCAGCAAAUCCUCCAACUUCAUGCAAGGAUCAGGGAAAAUGAGUUAAGGGCGCAACAAGUCCUCCAAAACCACAGGGGGCGCUAUGAUGACUCAUAUCUGCUCAAAGCUAAGGACUCUCCAUAUGACAGUCCGGUAUCCAGCCUGAGUCCGAAAUCCACGAUGCCAGAGCGCGUGAGUCCCCUGCGCUGUGAGAACGGAGAGCUGGGCCGGAAACUAGCUGCGGCAGAGCUGGAGGUCAUCCACCUCAGCGAAUUUCUCAAACAAAACACACAGAAAUACACUGAAGAUAUCAAGAAACUGGAGGAGAAAAUGAAAACACGUGACCGCUACAUCAGCAGUCUGAAGAAGAAGUGCCAGCGUGAACAGGAACAGAAUCAGGAGAAGCAGCAGCGCAUUGAGACGCUGGAGAAGUACCUGGCAGACCUGCCCUCACUGGACGAGGUCCAGACGCAGGCUCAGCAGUUGCAGGAAGUGCAGAGGAAGAAGCAGGCUUUGGAGGAUACCAUCGCCCAGCUAGAGAGAACCCAGGAGGAAAACCGAGCCAUGCUGCGGGAGAAAGAUGCCCUCAUUGAGACCCAAUCCAAGCGGGAGAUAGAGCUCAUGGCUGCUGUUCAAAGCCUACAAGAGAAAGUGGAGAAGUGCUUGGAGGAUGGAGUACGGCUGCCCAUGCUGGACCUGAAGCAGCUGGAAAGGGAAAACAAUGACCUGCUAGAACAACAGAGCCAAAACAGCCUGCUGAUCGGCAAUCAGAAUCAGCAGAUUGACAAACUCACUCUAGAUAUGUCGACCCUGGAUAAGAAGUUGCAGAGGGAGAGGGGAAUCACACAGGAGCUCCGCAAGCAGCUCUUGGAAUGUGAGGAGGAACUUGAAACCCUCUCCAAAACUCUUCAGCAGAACCAAAGACAGGCAGACGAGGAGACGCUGAAUGUGAGCCCCGGGCCCCUGUUGAAGGAGAUGUCCUUGUGUCUGCUGGAUCUGAAGGGCCUGUGCAGUGUCCUCACACAGAGAGCUCAAGGCAAAGAGCCCAACCUGGCCCUGCUGCUUGGCAUCAAAUCUAUGAGCUGCUCGGCGGAGGAGAGCGAGAAGCCGCUGAUGGAGGACGGCUUGCGGGCCAAGCUGGUGGAGGUGUGCCAGCUGAGGAAAGACAUUGACGAGCUGAGGACGCUCAUCUCAGACCGUUACGCACAGGACAUGGGUGAAAACUGUGUGACGCAAUGAGGCUUCCAUUUCCAGCUCGUCAGGACAGACGGCGCUCUCAGAGCUCAUAAAGGGAAAAUAAAGUCAACCUGAUGCAAACAAACAAGGUCUUUCUGA